UGAAGACACUUCCGCGUCCGUUUUUGUCACAGGGAGCAGUAACUAUUGUGGUUAUUCCAGAUUGGCGUUGAUAGACAGCAUUUUAAGACAAAGUGAUAUCUCAGUCUAUUAAGACAGUGUUCAGCAGACAGCUCAUAUAGCCUGCUGACGACAAGUGAUAUUGCCUUUGCGACCAGUGCAGACCAAUAUCAGCCUGCCCGUGUCUGCACUGUUCGCUAUCAGUCUGUAAAUUUUCAAUGGACAAUCCUUCAAAUAAUAAAUGAUACUGAAUGAUAGACCAGUCCAUUUUAACAGUUUAGCAGGGUAAAGGCGUAACAUUAGUUUAGUAGUUCUCUCUUUUAGAGAGAGGGAGUUCACUUUUGUUAAGUUUAAGAGCUGUUUGUUCAAUUUAAAGAGAGUUAUUUCUCUAUUACAAAGAAUGUUAUCCCUCUGGAAAAGGGACUACCAGUCGUAGAACAGAGAUAGUUCUUUUGGAAAACAGCUAUCUCACAAACAAAAGGGACAAUAUACUUUACGAUAAACAUUCGAUUGGAUUGCCACAAAACGUUGCAUUCCAAAUACGUGCAGUUAAAUAUUUUCUGUCGCUCUGACAUAUACCAUAUUAUGUCAAAUGCACUAAUCUUCUUCAAUAAUGUGUUUUCAAUGUUUUUACCUUGAAGACAGAAAAAUGCAAGAUCCUCUCUACAUGCAUAUACAGGACAUAAUAUUAUCGCAUUUAUCAAGAGCUUUCCGAUACGGAAGUCAACAACGAGUUUAUUUUGUACAUUAAGAUAGAAAAACACAAAAUGGGAGUAUGUUAGGCUAAAGACUGCUAGAGUUUUCGCCGCAUGAUGGCAGCACCAAAGAAGGAAAAGAAGCCGAACCUGUUUGACAAAUUAAAAAGAAUUGGAAGGAAAAGCGAUGACUACUAUGUGAGAUUACAACAUGUGAAGAACUGGAACGAGUAUGCAGCAUAUUUGGAACCGUCAGGUGCAGUGUCAAAGCCAGAGUUUGAAACUAAUAAAACAUUGAAUGGAAAGGUAUCGCUUUGGGAAGGAGAUAUAACCAGGCUACAAAUUGACGCAAUUGUUAACUCUACGAGCCAAAACCUUCUAGGUUUAGGAGAAGUUGGUGUCGCUGUGCAUAUUGCAGGUGGUCAGGAAUUGUCUGCAAAAUGUGCUGCUAUUGGACAUUGUCCUGUUGGAGAUGCAAAGCUUACAAAAGGCUACAAGCUACCAGCGAGAUAUGUAAUCCAUGCAGUUGCGCCACGUGGAACACGUGAUGAAAAACUCAAAAGCUGCUACAUUAAUAGCCUGGAAAUAGCAAAACACAACAAGAUUAGGAGUAUAGCAUUUCCGUGUAUAGCAACAUUAUUUUGUGGUUAUAGUGUGAGGAGAGCAAGUUUGAUAGCUGUAUCAGCAGUAAGAGAGUGGCUUUUGGAAAGAGAUAAUAUGAAACGGAUUGACAGAAUAAUAUUCUCUGUAAUAACCGACUUCAACAGAAUAGUCUACGAGCAAACUCUUUUGCAUUACUUUCCUGUUGAUCAGCCUGAAACUGUGCCAUUUGAAAUAAGUCAAGAUCCAUACGCAUUAUCUCUUUAUGAAAAGGCUAUCAAAGAGGGAAAAGAGAGAGAUAGAGUUAUUCGUGUGAAUAUAGUAGGGAACUUUGGCCAAGGUAAAACAACGUUGAAAAGACGACUGGUUGGUCAGAGGGUUGACGACAUAGAGAGCACAAAUAGUAUUGAUGUUAAUCGGUAUAAAUUCACAUGGACGAGCAGUGGGCAAAUCACUUGUACGUUUGAAAAGGAAGAUGAAAGUCAUGAAAUUGUAAAUCGUAUUGUACAAGUUGCACGCAAAACAGAGCUGGAAAGUAGCUUAGAACAUCAACAGCAGCAACAUCAGCAGCAGCAACAACAGCAGCAGCAUCAGCAGCACGAUGAGCAUGGUACAAGCGUAUGGUUUGAUGAGGUUGAUGCAAGAUUUGUACCAGCUGAAGAUGACGCUGAUGACACAACUGUUACACAUGAAUCUGACAAUAAACAAGACAUAACACUUACUGAAGAAAACAAUCGUACUUCAGGACAGUUGAUCGAACAAAGAGAUGCCAGUCCUAAACGGGUUCUCUCUCAGAAAGAGCUGAUGGCGUUUUCGAAAGAGCUUAGAAUUUCAGACGAUGAAAGAAGUGAAUCAAAAGUCAUUUUGGAUAUUUGGGACUUCGGCGGACAGUAUGUGUUCUAUGCAACUCAUACCAUGUUUCAUAGCAAGCAGGCUAUAUAUCUGCUUGUCUUUGAUUUGACUGUUAGUCUCAACGACGUAAUUAAAGACGAGGAGUUCCCUGGAGAAACUCGUGAUAAAAAUAUGGAAUACUUUGCAAGAUUUUGGAUGAACUCAAUCCAUUCGUUUGUUGGAAAUGAAGAUGGUUCUUUGCCUCCUGUAAUAUUAGUAGGCACGCACAAGGAUAUGUUAAAAAUAGAUGACCCAGCUGCAAAAGCUGAAUAUUGUGACACAUUUUUUGACAAAGUGCGACAAUUGUUUGAAAAUACGAAUGUAAUUGGACAUAUUCAAGAAAAUGACUUUGCAGUUGGUAGCACAGGUCCUUCUGAUGACGCUGUUACUAAAUUACUUGAAGAAAUCCUACGUAUAGGUGACGAACAUUCAAAAAUGGUUGAAAUACCUGCCAAAUGGUUACCUUUAGAAAUGGCGUUGAAAGAGAAAAGAAGUAUGAAGAAAAUUAUAACCUUUGAAAAGGUAAUGCAGAUCAAUGCUGAAAGUGAAUUCCCGUUGUCGGAUGAAAAUCAGGUAAAGUUAUUUUUGCGAUACCACCACACCAAAGGGACUUUAUUUUACUUUGAUGAAGUGCCAAUUUCCAACUACGUUGUCCUGGAUCCUCAAUAUCUAAUUGAUGCAUUCAAGUGUAUAAUUACAUCGGAAAGGUUUUGCAAAAGGAAAUCUUCUGUUCGCAGUUCUUGGAACAAGCUAAUCCGCGAAGGCAAGCUAGAGGAUAUCUUAAUAGAUAAGGUAUGGAGUAUGGAUACUCAGCACAAUUUUAUGGAGUAUAAAGAUAUUCUGCUAGAGUUUCUGAAAAAGCAUCAUAUUAUAUCUGAAGCUAUGCAGUUUGAUGAAGAUACAGGAGAAAGCAAAGGCCUUGGUUGGUAUGUUGUGCCGAGUUUGUUAAAAGAUCAUAGCAUGACGACUGACGUAUCUGAUUUUAUGUCUGAGAGAAAGCAAACAGAAAUUCGGUUGGUAAUGUUGUUUGAGGAGUCAUCUCUUUUGCAUAUUGUGUGUAGUCGUUUAUUAGCCGCUCUCUUAGGAAAAUGGUCGGUUGUACACCUUCCAGCGGACCAACAGAAACAUCUCCUAUUUGAAAAUCUUGGUAUGUUUAGAUUAAAUGUAGAUCAUGUAGGAAUAGUUGAAGUUAGGGGCAACAGCAUAGAAUUGCUAGUACUUAGUCUUUGUCCGUCUAAAGAUAUAGAUUGUGUCAUAGCGGACCAAUUUCGCCGUUAUUGUGAAGCAAUUGUUGUGCAUGAAUUUGGACUUCUACGGAACAAGUCGGAAAAUGUGAAGAAGCCAUUUAGACAAGCAUUUAGAUGUAACCACGAAACGCAUGGCAUAAAUGGUAGUGAGGCUGUUGAAAAUAUUUCUGUGUUAGAAGGAACUGAAGUUAUACCGUGUCCAGAUUUAAUAAAACACGAAAUAUGUUCGGAAAAAGCAGUCUGUGAAUGGUUCAUGAAGGAUCAAGUAACUGCUUCUCAUCAAAAUAAAGAAUUGUCUGAAAAAGAGUUGAGCAAAGUUGCCCAAGCAGUGGGAAGAAAUUGGCAAUUAUUAGGCAUUGAACUUGGUUUAACACAGGUGCAAGUUGACCAAGUUUCUGCAAACAAUGAUACCAUGGUAAGAAAGAUAUAUGACAUGUUGAAGACAUGGAAAAGUCAGAAUAGAGGCCACUCAACCAUGAGUAUGCUUGUACAGGCGUUAAAAAACAUUGAAUCUUUGACAGUUAAUUGGGAUGAAAUAAGAAACAUCUGUGAUAACAAUGACUAAAUACACAGAUAAACUCGAGCAGUUAGUAAAAUAGUUGGUCUCAAUGUGAUCUGAUUAAAGGCAUCUGUUUAAUUUGUUAUAUGUUUACUUUGUAUAAGAGUGUAAUUUUAAAACAUUUCUGAGAAACUUUGACGUCUUAUUUGUGUUAGUCACUGCCAGUUUUUACGUGUUCAUGAGAUUAUUUGAAGUUGAUUUUUGUAUGUAUUUUUAUAUGUAGAAUUUGCAUUUUAUAUGCGAUAAAAUGAAAUUGAAAAGUG